CCAAACAAAUCACAACCAACCUUCCUCAAGUCGUUUGUUCCCCCGAGCAAUCGAGUUGUGUUCCCGGCGAUCGAUCGAUCCAUCUUGCUGAGAAUCAUGGUUUCCGCCGAUGUGGCCCGCAACAUCGUCGGCAUCAUUGGCAAUCUCAUCUCCUUUGGACUCUUCCUCUCCCCUGUGCCGACGUUCUGGCGUAUCUGCAAGGCCAAGAACGUGGAGGAGUUCAAGCCGGACCCCUACCUGGCGACGCUCAUGAACUGCCUGCUCUGGUUCUUCUACGGGCUCCCUAUCGUCCACCCCAACAGCACCCUCGUCCUCACCAUCAACGGCAUCGGCCUCGUCAUCAAGGGCACCUACAUCAUCAUCUUCAUCAUCUACGCGGCCAAGAACACAAGGGUACUUUCUAUACAUAAGAUCCUCCUGCAUGCCCCUAACCCAUGCCAUGCGCCUGUGCUUUGCAUGCAGUGGAAGAUGCUCGGCGUGCUCGCCAUCCAGGCGGUGUUCAUGGCUGCCGUGGUGGCCGGUGUGCUCGUCGGUGCCCACACCCAUGAGAAGCGCUCCAUGAUCGUAGGCAUCCUUUGCAUCAUCUUUGGCUCCAUCAUGUACGCCUCCCUGCUCACCAUCAUGGGUAGAGUGAUCAGGACCAAGAGUGUGGAGUACAUGCCAUUCUUCCUGUCGCUGGUAAACUUCCUCAACGGUCUCUGCUGGACGGGCUAUGCGUUAAUCAAAUUUGACAUCUACAUCACGAUCCCCAAUGCGCUCGGUACAAUCUUCGGCCUCAUUCAGUUGAUCCUCUAA